AUGGGAACACCCGAGACUUCCCGAGAGCCAUGUCCAGAUCGUAUUCUAGAUGAUAUCGGCGGCGCUUUCGGCAUGGGAGCCGUCGGUGGCUCAGCUUUCCACUUCAUCAAAGGUGUCUACAACUCUCCAACCGGCACACGCCUUAUUGGCGGAACUCAAGCCGUUCGCAUGAACGCUCCGCGUGUCGGUGGUAGCUUCGCUGUGUGGGGCGGCCUCUUCUCCGCCUUCGACUGCUCAAUGGUUUACCUCCGUCAGAAGGAAGAUCCAUGGAACUCCAUCAUCGCUGGGGCCUCCACCGGUGGCUUCCUCUCCAUGCGGCAAGGGCUUGGCGCGUCGGCUCGCGCCGCUGUUUUCGGUGGCGUGUUACUGGCUUUGAUUGAAGGAGCUGGAAUUAUGCUAAAUAAGGUAAUGAGUGCUCAACAGGAGAUGCCUAUUAUGAUUGAAGAUCCUGUUCCUGCUAUGGCUGUUGGGCAUGGCUUUCCUAUGGGCCAGCCCCACGCUCAUGCCCAAGAUGGUGCAUCUGCGAGUGGAACGGAGUCGGGUUCGUGGUUUGGUGGGUGGUUCGGUGGAGGAAAGAAGGAAUCAGAGGCGAGUAGUAGCGGAAGCAAGACUGAGAUUUUGGAGAGCUUUGAUGCACCACCAGUGCCAAAUUUUGAAUACAAGUGA